CAGUUCCGCUUCAACAACACUGACCGAAAACCACCCUUUCCUUCACUUUACAACAAAAUUCACAAUGAGAACGAUUUCAACGGCAGUGCGUGUAGUAUAAAUAGGAGGAUAAAAUAUUUUCGACUGAAUAAAUUCUCAGUUGAUCUAAUUCGUAGCAGCGUCGCUAAUUGUGUAUUAGUGGUGAUUAAUUUCAUAUACCAAAUGUCAAAAAACAAAUUAAAUUUAACGCUACCACCUGGCUCAAUAGAACCAGUUCCAGCUGUAUCACCAUCACCACCAGUACCACCAUUGCCCAUUUACUCAGAACCACCAGUAAUUCCAGACGGAGUUAUGGGAAAGAUGAGUAUAGAUGCUAUUCAGGAAAGGUUGGAAGAAUUAGAAAUGGAUGAGGAACAAAGAAAAAGACUGGAAAGCUUUCUAGGACAAAAAGAGAAAGUUGGAGAGUUGUGCGAUGAAGAUUUUGAGAAAUUAGGUGAACUUGGUGCUGGUAAUGGUGGUGUUGUUAUGAAAGUUAGGCAUAAAAAGUAUGGACUUAUAAUGGCAAGAAAGUUAAUACAUUUAGAAGUUAAACCUGCUAUAAAGAAGCAGAUAAUUAGAGAACUGAAAGUUCUUCAUGAAUGUAAUUUUGCACAUAUAGUUGGAUUCUAUGGUGCUUUUUAUAGUGAUGGAGAAAUUAGUAUAUGUAUGGAAUACAUGGAUGGUGGAUCGUUAGAUUUAAUACUGAAAAAAGCUGGCAGAAUUCCAGAACCUAUAUUAAGCACAAUUACUUCUGCUGUCUUGAAAGGUCUGAGUUAUUUACGAGACAAGCACGCAAUUAUGCACCGAGAUGUAAAACCUAGCAAUAUUCUGGUAAAUAGUGCUGGAGAAAUAAAAAUUUGCGAUUUCGGUGUUUCUGGACAAUUAAUUGAUUCCAUGGCUAAUUCGUUUGUUGGAACAAGGAGUUAUAUGUCUCCGGAGAGGCUCCAGGGUACACAUUACUCAGUCCAAAGUGAUAUCUGGUCCUUAGGAUUAUCACUUGUAGAAAUGGCCAUUGGAAUGUAUCCAAUUCCACCACCAGACGAGAAAACUUUAACUACAAUAUUUAGCACGCCCCCAGGUCAACUACCAGAUACCGCUGCUACGAAUCACGCUUCUACUCCAACUACACAAUCACCUGGCCACAAUACCGGUAGUCCGAGACCGAUGGCUAUAUUCGAAUUGUUGGAUUACAUUGUAAACGAACCACCUCCAAAAUUGCCCUCUGGAAUCUUCAGCGAUGCUUUUACAGAUUUCGUUGAUCGUUGUUUGAAGAAGAAUCCUGCUGAAAGGGCAGACCUAAAAACACUAAUGAAUCAUGAAUGGAUAAAGAAAGCUGAAUCCGAAAACGUGGACAUCGCUGGAUGGGUAUGUCGCACAAUGGAUUUGCAACCCACUACUCCAACCCGUUUAGCUAACGUACAAUCCUGAAUAAAUGUCACUCUUACAUACUUGACUACCUAUAUACGCGUUCAGUACUCUUAAAUGGAGUUUUAGGUUCUUUUUGUUUAAUUCAUAUAAACAGUGGCGUUUGUGAAUUUUUUCUUUUAUAUUAUAACGAUCCAGAAAUUGAAGUCUAUCGCGAUUUUAAAAACAGACUUAUUGCCAUUAGUUUUUUUAUGUAUCGUUGCUCAAUUUGUUAAGCUUUGAGCAAUAGCAUUUAUUAAAGUAGACUUUGAUAUACGUAUCAAAAAUUUAUUUUUUCUUUUUUAAGAUGCAAGAUGUUAGUUUUUAAUUAUACCUUUAUAUAUUAUAUUAUGUUCUUUAAAUGAUUAUCAAAUUUAAGGCAUUAAAUUAUAUUGUGGUCUGGUUUUGAAGUCGCGGGUAAUAAUCAUGUAAGACUUAAUAAUUUUUAUAUGGUACAGUGUCGAGUACGGAGGCCUUCUAGAAGAAUUCAAAUUCAGAAUUUUAACGUUUUUAAAAUCCCGAGCUUUAAGUUUCAAAAAGGUAAAGUUUCUGAAAAUAUUAAAUAAAAUUUUCCCGGGUAAAUUUUUAUCCACGAACGACGGGACCUUCUUCCUCUAUAUCACCAUUUUCCCUCGGGAGGUCUUCAUCCUCGGCGCUAUACACACCAUAAUAGAAAAUCCAGAGAUCUAUAUAUAUUGACAUAUUUGCAUGAAAUACGUCACUGUGCUUAAAUUUUAUUUCAUUUUAUACACGUUUUGUAUUCUUAUCUUAUGAUUUUGUUGAAAGUAUGUAAGAUAAAGAAUUUAUCCAUAUAAGUUCAACAUUAUUGUACACUCAUGGGCAAAUUGUGUUCCCUAUAAUGAUAACUAGGAUCCAUAAAUAGGCAUCGGAUUUAUAAGAACAUAAUUUGAUGAAGCAAGCGAAGUGUUGGCUAGUGAUCAAGUUUACUAGUAUAACAUUUGUACCUGACAUUCGUAGAACACUAUACACAUUGAAAAAAGACUUUCGUUCUAUCAUUGCUAUUUUCUACUAAAUCAAUCAGCGGUCAAGCAUGAUUUAAAGUCACUGUCGAAUGAAAUAGUAUUUUAAACAGCAAACACAAGUAUUUGAAAUAUAAUUACAAUAAAGUAUUAUUUAUAAGGAUUACAUCACCAGAAAUGUUCUUUAUUGUAAUUAAUUCUGAAAUACUAUUUUAUUAUGCGUUAAUGUAAAAUGAAUGUAUAGUAAAAUACUACACAAAUUUUUGUUAAGUAUUUCUUUAUUUCUGACAACAUAUACAUCAUAUUGUAAACAUUACAGUUUGUAGGUGCAAUUGACAAGAUAAUUUUUGAUGCGAGUCCAUGUGUUCACACAAUAAUGAAUAAUAUACAAUUGUAUGUAUUGUAUAGCUGUGCAUUGAGUCUUUCUUGUGCAAUUUUUGUGAGACAUAUUUGAAAGAUCAGCCACCUGUUUGGCUACUUUCUUAUUUACACAUAUAUUUCAGUAAUUAAGAAUAAUUAGAAGAUGUUAAUAAUUUAAUUACAACUGUGAGUAAAAGAAAUAGGUAUUAAGGUUUAAAUUUGAUGAACCUUUAUUCAAAAAAAUAUUCAAUCAAAAUGUUAUAAAUAUUAUAAGAUACUAUAAAUGGUAGAAAUUCAUAAUUUUGAUUAGCAGUGAUUUUUCUUUUUUAGACAGAUGGUAAGAAUUUGGUCCAUAUCUGUAGAUCAUAGAUAGAUGUGUAAUAUUGUACAAUCUAAUAUACAUAGUUGCUUAUCAUUGUAAUAUGCUGAUUAAAAGAUUGGUGUAAUUAGGAUGUUCUUUUGGGGUGGACCAAGUCCUUUAGAUUUGCUGCCAGUAUCAAGUGUUUAAAUAUUGUUUAUUAUAAUGUUAAUUUUUUUUUAAGGGGGGCGUGCUGACCUUGACCUCUACCUAGUUACGCCAAUGAAUAAAACAAUGUCUAUAUGUACAUAGAAUAAUACUAGUGUAAGCAUUCUUAUUCCGUUGUACGCAAACGUCACUUUUCUUCUAUCAAAAAAUAUCACAAUAGAAUAAUUAAUUGGAAAGAUUCAUUAAACCAUUAUAGAUGUAGUAAAUAUUUCUUCAGAUUAUAUUUAUGUUUGCUUAGUCACUACUUUUUUUACAUAAGCGAAUAUGAUUGUUAGCCUUUUCCGAUUUGGCUUAAAAUAUAUCGGAGUGUACUAUGAGCGCAUUGUGAUGUUUACAAGCACAGUAAGGACAUUCAUGUGCCUACGCGUAAGACGCCCAAGAACUGACCUUUCGUAUUAAAUGUAUUUAUGUCUGACAAUGACUUUCAUGAUAUAUUGUAAACAGAGACAAGUUUCAAUAGUUAAGUUCUGUUAAGAAGAUAAAAAGAAAAAAAGAAAAAUGUAAGAUACAAUUUUACUCACUAAGCAGUGAAUCUUAAAGGAAUAAUUACUUCUGGCACUUAUUAAAAAAUAUGUCAAUAUUCCUUGUUGCAAAUUUCUGCAUAAUUGCUGUUGUAUUGAUUCACUGUCUAAAUGUUGUAACUAUUUAACAAAUAAAUUUAUCCCACAUUAUGGGUUUCAGUCUUACA